AUGUCAACGAUAAUCGAGAUUCUUUCGCUUUUUUCUUUCCGGGAUGUCGUGAACGUCUUUUGUAUUAUCUCUAUACUCUACGUCAUCAAGUUUUACAUUUUGUACUUUACUCGCACAAACUCGCUUCCCGGACCAUUUCCGCUUCCGUUAGUAGGCAAUCUCUUUCAGAUAUUAUUGUUUGCCGGGGAUAUCAGUAAAUGGGCGCUACACUGUCAGGAGAAAUAUGGUGACGUAUGGGAAACGUAUAUUGGCACUGCGAAGAUUGUGUGGUUGGCCAGAGCCGAUCUAAUAGAGAAAUUGAUGAAUUCUUCAAGAAACAGCAACUAUUUUCACAGAACAUGGGAAAAUCAUGGAUACGAGAUGCUAGGGUUCUCCUCAUCUGGUAUAGUGUUUAACAGAAAUAAAACCACGUGGGCCUUUAACAGGAAAAUGUUUGCUCAAGCUGUUGGCAGUAGCAUAUUCACCGACCCGGUCAUAGAAUGGAUACAAACGGUGUUUGUGGAGAUGGAAAGAUAUUUGCUUGAUUUAGGGUUCGAUGAAAAAGAAUUUAACUUUGCCGAGUGGGCUCCGCGGCUCUUUACGGACAUGCUAUUUUCCAUGACAAUGGACAAGUACGCCUGCACGAUGGCCAUGUUAUAUAAUUCUCAUAACCCGCUCAAAUUGGCUCCGUACCCGGAAGAAAUAGUUGCCGAAUCAGACGCCUUUGUGAAAGCUUUGCACACGCACUUCCGUUCGUUAAAGUAUUUCCGAUUUACGCCAGAGAUUAUUCGUAAGAAGACUCCCUUUGGUCGCAAAAAGGCCAAAGAGUAUUUGGAUAACCUGGUUUGGUUACGAAGUGUAUUGAUCAAUAUUAUUCAAGAGAAGAAGAAGAAAAUCAUGAAUACUGACGAGCCGGUCAAACUGAAACCUGAUUUAAUGACAUUACUGGCUGCGGUGAAUACACCAAAAGACAUGACGAAAAAGUUGGAGAGUAUUGUUGAGCCACCGCUAACAGAUGAAGAGAUUGGAAACUGUUUCAUGGACAUAACAACUGCUGGUAUUGAUUCGUCGUCAAACCUGAUUUGUUCCAUAAUCUAUUGUAUAAUCAUACAUCCAGAGGUCAAGAAGCGUCUUCGUGCCGAAUUAGACACAGUUCUCGGCACGGAUCCUACUCGUUUAAUCAGCUACGAAGAUUUGAACAAACUUGAAUAUACAAAAGCCGUUAUCCAAGAGGUUUCUCGACUGCAUCCCGUUACACCUUUCACUUCCAGAUUACCUGACAAGGAUGAUGUAAUUGGUGGAUAUCCUAUCAAGGGCGGCGAACUGAUAUUCGUUAGUAUCAUUGGAAUUCAAGUAAAUCCGAAACACUGGCCCGAUCCAAAAGAAUUUAAUCCCGAUCGCUUCUUGAAACAAAGCGGCAGCAUGAAGAAUGAAUUUCCUAUGUUUGGAGGUGGUCUGCGUAUAUGUCCAGGCAGGCAUUUGGCUAUGACUGAAAUGAAAAUUAUUAUCGCAAUGAUAUUCCGAAAAUUUGAUCCUGAAUUGGCUACACCGGAUACCAAACCAAAGUACAAGUAUGAAGCCUUAAUCCGUUGUCACGAGUUGAUGUUGAGAUUUAAGAAACGGAUCGAAUAG